AUGUUUCUUGUACUUAAUGAACUCAAGAAUGUAGGUGAAGACAGACUCGCAAACUUCAACGCUUUGAAAUCAAUUAUUACGGAUAAUGAGAUUAGAACUAAUGAAAAGAAUCAACCCAGAAGAACUGCUCAGAACGUUGCAAACUUCAUUUUCGUAACUAAUAACGUUUACCCUGUCAAAAUUGAAGUUGGAGACAGAAGAUACGUAGUUUUAAGAGUUAAUGGUAAAUUUAAGGGUCAAUUUGAUUACUUCAAGAAUUUAAUGGAUUCAUGCACUAAGGAAUUUUAUGAUAACCUUUUAACAUAUUUUAUCAAUUACGACCUUUCAUCAUUUAAUGUACGAAUCAUACCGAUGACUGAAGCCAAACAAGAUUUAAUUGAAUUAUCCACAAAUCCUUUAGAUGUAUGGAUAAAUACACAUUAUGAUGAAUUGUGUGCAGGUAUGAUAUGUAAAAAUGCUCUAUUCUGCAAACCAUCAGACAUGAAAGACAAGAAUUUCCAAAUGAGUAUUAAGGAUAAAUGUGAUAGGAAACAGAUAAGAAUAGACGGUAAACAAACAUGGUGUUAUGUUUUGAAAGAAGAAAUGAAAGGAUUAUAUAAACAGGUUGAACCAAACGAUAAUGAUGAUUCAUUUACUGACGAUGAAAUACCUGUAAAUGAUGCUUUAUAA